AUGGCCGACGACGUCCGAUAUAUCUGGCCGACCCGAAUGUCGUCCGCGAAGCUCAUCUACCUGUACAACCGCUAUGCCAACCUCGGGGUCGUGGCCCUCACCGUCGCGCAAGCUCUGGGCGUCUUCCGCGCGGACGAUCCGAACGUCGGCACUCGCCAGUUUUGCUUUCGCUCACAGCUUAUCCUCACUGCAUUCCAGUUCCUGUCCUACGCGUGCGUUCAUGUACUCGUUCUGCUGCGCGCGUGGGCGACGUGGGGUCGGCACCCACAAUUGCUGUGGGCGCUCGGGAUGCUCUUCGGCCUAUACUCCAUGAUCUGCCUGGGGAUUCUGGCCUGGGGAUUUGUCGUCACUAGCGAACGAGGCUCAGUUGAUGCAUACCCUUUCGCCGGGAUCGUAGGGACUUGCAUCGGCUCCAUUCCUCCCCUCGCAUGGCUGUUAUGGGUGCCCGGCCUGGUCUUGGAAUGCACGGUCUUCGUACUAACUCUAGUCUCCCUACGGCACUUUGACCGAAACCUCGUCUUCGCGUCCGACGGAGGCCGAAUAGUAUGGAUCAUUGCCCGCGACGGAGCACUGUACUUCACGACAACGAUCUUCAGCAGCAUCUUCAACAUCAUCCUCUGGACCAUGUACGCCGACCGCCUGCUCAACCAGCUCGUCGCCACCUUCACGCUCACGCUCAUGAUCGUCGCCGGCCAGCGGCUCGUGCUCGACCUCCGGCACGUCAACCGCGGCCGCUCGUUCACGACCACGCGUCUCGGCCGCGAGGUGGACCGCGCGCUCGAGGCCGCCGCGCGGGACCCGCGCACGUCCUCGAUCCGGUUCGCGGUCCCGGACAGCGAACGCGCCUCGCCCGUCACCCCGCCCUCGGGCGCCGGCGCGUUGAUGACGCCCCCCGACACGAGCCGGAGCCACGGCGGCUCGUGCGGGGCGCACGGCGGGGAGGCGGAUGAGGAUGAGGACGUGGACGGGGAGUGGGAACCGGUGCGGACGGAGGUCGAGCUCAACACGCUCGGCCCUGGAGGGCGGCGCGCGGGCAGUGCCGAGCCCGCUGCCGUAUGA